ACCCAGUACAUGCUCUUGCGAGAUGAGACACAAGCUGGAAAAAACGUCACCAGCCUAAUUGGAAAUCAGGUCCCAUGAUCUCAGUUCACUGCUAAAUCAGGCAUCCCUAACGUCGAUAUUCAUUUCAGAACAAUUCAAUUACAAGAUUUAUAUUAAUUAAACUUCCCCUAGCAGACUGGCAUGAUCUUCUGAUAGAUAAGGAUCCUGUAUAGCAGCUGGCUGGAAAACUCCUCCGUGCUGUCAGAUUACCAAGCUCAUUUAUGCACCAUUUUAAGGACUCUCGCUCACUAUCUGUGCCAGAAGACUGCUCUUUGCCUACAAUAACAUCUGUUUUUCCUGCACUUGAUUUGCCAUUCCCAAUGCUCUGACAACCUGGGUAGCUUGAAAGGGGGCAGCACAGCAAAGCUAAUGGGAGCUCAGUGCACAGAGCUGUGCUCAGGGUCCUGCCGGCUGCUGCUCGCAGGCAUUUCAUGCAUCGGGGGAGCCGAGCCCUCCCUGCUGCCUGUGCUCCUGGAGUCCUGGCAGUGAAGCUCAUCCUCAACCUCUGUCCACAGGCAGGAAUUCACAACACCAUGGAGGGCCUGAACACUCUCCUUCUAACUGCUGCUGUUUGCUUUCUCUGUCAAGGCUGCGCCGGCUCCGAGGCCGAGCACCGGCUCUACGCGGCCCUCUUCGAGAGCUACAACCAGUUCGUGCGCCCCGUCAGGAACGUCUCAGACCCCGUCAUCAUCCAGUUCGAGGUGUCCAUGUCGCAGCUGGUGAAGGUGGACGAAGUCAACCAGAUAAUGGAAACCAACUUGUGGCUGAAGCACAUCUGGAAUGAUUACAAGCUUCGGUGGAAUCCAGCAGACUAUGGAGGUGCUGAAUUCAUCCGAGUUCCAUCUGGCCAGAUCUGGAAGCCAGAUAUUGUUUUAUAUAACAAUGCAGUUGGGGAUUUCCAGGUUGAUGACAAGACAAAGGCCCUUUUAAAAUACACGGGUGAUGUGACCUGGAUACCUCCAGCUAUAUUUAAAAGUUCAUGUAAAAUAGAUGUAACCUACUUCCCAUUUGAUUAUCAGAACUGCACCAUGAAGUUUGGUUCCUGGUCUUAUGACAAAGCCAAAAUUGACUUAGUUCUAAUUGGCUCGACAAUGAACCUGAAAGAUUACUGGGAGAGUGGAGAAUGGGCUAUAAUUAAAGCUCCUGGGUAUAAACAUGACAUCAAAUACAACUGCUGCGAAGAGAUAUAUCCAGACAUCACGUAUUCUCUUUACAUCAGGCGUUUACCUUUGUUUUACACUAUCAAUAUGAUUAUUCCCUGUCUGCUGAUUUCAUUUCUGACUGUAUUAGUUUUCUACUUGCCCUCAGACUGUGGUGAGAAGGUGACACUCUGCAUAUCAGUGCUUCUCUCUUUAACAGUGUUCCUUCUUGUUAUCACAGAAACCAUACCUUCUACUUCCCUGGUAAUUCCCCUUAUUGGGGAGUACCUCCUUUUCACCAUGAUAUUUGUAACUCUAUCGAUUGUCAUCACAGUAUUUGUACUAAAUGUGCACUACAGAACACCCAAGACGCACACAAUGCCCGUGUGGGUGAGAACCAUUUUCUUGAACUUACUUCCCCGGAUCAUGUUCAUGACAAGGCCUGCCAGUGAUGAAGAGAAUAAUCAGAAGCCAAAACCAUUAUUCACUUCUGAGUUUUCAAACUUAAAUUGCAUCAACGGCUCUGAAACCAAAUGCUGCAAAGAUGGCUUUGCUUGUCAAGAUAUGGCAUGCAGAUGCUGUCAGUAUCAGCGCACCAAGUUCUCGGAUUUCAGUGGCAAUCUCACUCGAAGUUCAAGCUCUGAGUCUGUAGAUCCUAUGCUUUCAUUUUCAGUUCUGUCACCAGAAAUGAGAGAUGCUAUUGAAAGUGUGAAAUACAUUGCAGAAAAUAUGAAAAUGCAGAACGAAGCAAAAGAGAUUCAGGAUGAUUGGAAAUAUGUUGCCAUGGUAAUCGAUCGUAUUUUUCUAUGGGUUUUCAUCCUGGUAUGUAUUCUAGGAACAGCAGGAUUGUUUUUACAACCUCUGAUGGCUGGAGAUGAAAUGUAAAAAUUAAAUAAAACGUUGUGAAAUCAAAUAAAGCUGCCAAUCAACUCUG